AACGAAAUACCCCACACAACUUGCAACAACCGAAAGACUGCGGUAGGAACUGUGACCAAUUUCAGAUGUAAUGAGCACUUCUCACGGGUAUCAGGAGACACUAGGAGAGUAUGCACGGAGGGAUCAGUUUGGUCAGGAUCGGAUCUAGUUUGCAAAUACAGCGACUGUCCACCCCUUCAACCAAUAAACGCCAAUCAGAACUCGACGGAGGUGUAUCAGGGAAUUGUGGUCAAGCUAGACUGUGGGAAAGGAUUCAGGAGAAUCGCUGGUGACACUCUUCUGGUCUGUGAAGCCAAUCAAACAUGGUCUGGAAAGGCUCUUAUUUGUCAGGGAAAAAUAUCUGAUCGGAUCAGUUUCUUUGACCAACAGAGGCGACUGCUGUGGGAAUCGCCUUGCCAACUUCACAAUUGCGGUAAUCAAUCAAAGACCAAUCGAAGGGUAUCAGUACCGACCCCAGCCAUCGACUGUCUGCUGGUACUCCAAGGACCAACAGGAACAAGGUCUUACAAAGAAUUACAAGUGUCAUUCGCCUUUGGUAGGCCGAUAUGUUGUCGUAUCCAUACACUACAGUGGCAUCAUGAUAUUAACGUUAUGUGAAGUACAGGUAUUCAAAAAGAAGGGUCUAGCAUGGUUGAAGCCGGCAUCCCAGAGCUCUACCUUUCGGAGUUAUACUGCCUCUCGAGCAACAGACGGCAAUUCCAACCCCAAUGCCGUGGCAGACACCUGUAGCUGUACGAAGGUGCAGGACAACCCCUGGUGGGCGGUCGACCUCAAGCUAUCUACAAAGAUAAAUGAAGUCUUUAUCAGUUAUCCAACUGAUCGCCUAUUAGAAAACAAGAUGUUCAACUUCACCAUCUCUGUGACGAACAAGAUGCCUGGCCCUUCUUUCGUCCCGACCUUGACUGAGGUUUGCCUUUUCCAAGCGGAUCGCAUGAACCCGGGAGAACUGAAGCAGUUGAAGUGUCAGAAAACGAUGACUGGUCGCUAUGUUGUUGUUUCAAUGAAGGGAAGGAGUAUGUUGUCACUAUGUGACGUCACUGUGCUUGGUUAGAGUAACAGGCAACUCGGCACGAGAUAUCCAACAUGCUGAUAAAAAAACAUUUACCGGAAUAUUCCCAAUACCUUCGCUGCAAAACCGUAAUAUUUUCCUUCAUUGGACUUAUGAUACUUUUCGCUGAAUGUUGGACUUAUGGGAUGUCGGAUUUAUGGUACUUCGGACUUAGGAUAUAUACCUUUCUGUUGGUCUUUUCUGCCGUAUCAUGUAGCCUUGCGCAAAUAGUGCAAUCAAAUUGCUUUAAAAAGGCAUGAUAUUGCUCAAAUUUGUGAAUUCUUGAAAUCGGCCAAUUCAAGUAAUGAGAGUAGGACCGCUCCAUCACACUACCGGGUACUAUCACGGCGCUACCCUCUGCCUAUCUGUCCUGUAAAAAAUGGUAAUCGUGGCUUAGGGUGUCCCCAUUUUAUGAGAGGUACGUACGGUAUUUGAAGUGCAAUAAUGAUUGACCUACAUGAUAUCUACCUCUAAGAACCAGCCUAAUGGUGAUCGGAUGUAGAUUCUAUCACUAGUCCGAAUGUAACCAAGAGAGUGGUACAAAACCAUAUGCCUCGCAUCAACAAACCGAAGUGUCGAGUAUGAUCGAGAGCUGAUGUACCUUGGACCACAGAUGGGAAGGCUAGUGAAUAAACGACUCAACGAUCGCGAUUGAAGGUCAUUGUUCCCUGGCAAUACACAUUUUUUCUCCAGGGGACGAAUUUUCCUGUCGCACCAUUAACAUCGGUUAUGUAACAUACCUCGAUUUUGACGUCGUCCCUCUUCCAAGCUGGUCGGAGUUUCGCUAGCACCUUCAGUAUAACCCUUCUCGGUUAUUUUCCUCAUCCACCUUCAUGACGAGAUCGAGAAUUCGAGCAGCCAUGGUUCCCACUAUGGUCUCAGGCCUAUUACGAGCCAAGGAAAAGCCUGACCGUAGGUAGCUUGGCCAGAUAAGUCAUCAGAUAUUGCAUUACAGUCAGUUGCAACCAUGCUGUGGCCACUUUAGAUCAUCUAAUCUCUUGGUCUAGUUGUGACCUGAACGACUGGUUGUAAAUAUAUGUAAAACGAGAUGUCGCAAAUGCCCUUCUCUUCCUCUGGACAAGCACUGUCAGCAUAUCAGCAGUAGCCUCCUUUUUAUUUUCCCUCCAGAAUCAUCAAGGUCAAGGGGAUUUUAUUCUUGGGUAGCCGAGCAGAUGCAUUGCUCCAAUUAAAAUAGAGAGUUAGAUGUUAGUCUGUCUGUGCACUGUUUAGAUACUUGACCAACUUGGCCACAUCUGCCUUCAAUACUUGGUGACCUAGAACUUUAAACAGUGUGUAGUCUGUGUCCGCCUUAAAGUUUGUAGAGUGGGCCUGGCAUGCCUGGCAUUGAUCUUCAAGACAGUGAAAGUGCGUACUUUGGGUCGAAAAUUUGUUCUGUAUUAAAACGUUUUUCAGAUAGAUC